CAGCAUUUAACAAACAGUAAUAUCCCAUAAAAAAUUCUUUGUGUCAUAUAUACGACCUUGAGGCUAUGGCAGAGCGUAAGAAAAUCAAUGGAAAUGGAAGGAGAGGGCAAAACUACAUAUAGCAGCCAUUGUGGCAGAGAAUAAAUUAAAGGUUGUGAUUUGUUUAGUCGUCGGAUUGCAGGCUUUCAGGUGAAGAGGGAGAGUUCGCCGCCGGUGGAUUGGGGGCCUUGGUUCUCCGUUUCGGUCAUUUAAUCAGUAUUGCCACAUAGUUUAUCAGCCGUCUUAUCAGGCUAUAUUUUUACAGAAGAAAGGAGCAGUGCUUUAGGAUCGGCAAAUAUCGUAUCUGACGGCCAAAUCCAGGCAGAGAAACCGGAUCCCUCCAAAACAGCCUCCCCCAUGGCCCCAUCCCCCAUCCCAUCUCCACUUUCCCACUUCUUCAAUGUGCCACAACGUACACUUCUAGGAGUCCAAAAUUUCUAUUUUUAGCAUUUUGGACUCUUAAUACUUUUUCUUAUAGAUGGCCUUAGGAUGUCAUCAAUUAUGAUUCCAUAAGAUUUUAAAAGAUACGAUUGUCACAAUUUCACGAAUCUCAUGAUCAAUCUGGAAUCUAAUGGAAUUAGGCAAAAUCGUCUCUAGUCCACAAAAUGUCCAUGGUUUUUUUUAAUCCUGGAUUUCAAUGGAUUUGAAUUUCCACUGCUAAAAAAUGCAAAAGAAUCCAACCAAACUCUAACCAUUACCUCCGGAUUUCAAUAGAUUUCACGUGGAGAAGCAAAGCAAAGCAAAGCAAAGCACGAAGUCCAGGAUGGGUGUAUAACGACACCCUGUCAAGUGUAUAUAUAUAUAUAAAUAUGGUGCCAAUCUUCAUCCUUUCCUUCUUCGUCAAGUGUCAGAAGCCCCUCUCCGAGAUUGGUUCGGAUACAGAUUGAGACUAACUAAAGGAGAAGUAUGUUGGGUGUGUACUGUAUGUACGUGUAAGUCUGGAAGUUCAGAAGCUCCAUCUAGGAUUCAUUGUAGUUGGAUAUCGUUAGUGUCCUUGGGCGUCGAAGCCAAAUGGUGAGAGGAUUUCAAUUUCAUGAAUUUUUAUUACAAUCUCAUGCAUUCUAUAUAUUUUCAUAAAAUUACAUUAAAGUCUCAAUCCUUUAAAAUCUUAUGAAAUUUAAUAGAGAAACCCCCUUACCUAAGGUGGACAUUAUGAAAUUAUCCCAUUCGCAUGAUGUGAAUGUUUCUGAUAUGAAUUUUCAAAAUCUAAUAUGAUAUAAUCUUAAUCUUCUGAUAUGAUCUCAUCUGAAUCUUUAUAAUAAUAAUAGUAAUAAUAAUAAUAAUAAUAAUAAUAAUAAUAAUAAUAAUAACAAUAAUAAUAAUAAUAAUAAUAAUAAUAAUAAUAAUAAUAAUAAUUCAUGUCUGAACUUUUUUUAUAUGAUCUAUAUAUUUGUGGUUUGAUCUGAAUGUUUCUGGUCUGAUCUGAUUUGAAUGUUUUUGUUCUAAUUUAAACUUUUAAAUUCGCACAAAUCCGGUAUGAAUCUUUAUGUUCUGAUCUGAUAUAACUAGACCUGAUGUGAUAUUUUUUAUCUGAACCGGUUUGAAUUUUUGUGAUAUGACCAGAUCUAAUUUGACUUUUUUAUAUGAUUUGAUCUAAAUAAAAUAUAAACAAUAAACAAUACAAAUAAGAUAAAAAGAAAACCUCUCCCUAUAUACACGUAAAAAAAUUUAUGCAUUUUAAUUUUGGGCCGACCGAAACAAGAAGACCGGUAGUAUAUGUACAGCACGUCAGCACGCUAUUGUUAGGGUUCUUUAAUUUAAUGGAAUAGUUUGUUCUAUAUAUACUUGCUUUCAUUCUAAAUUUUAUAAUCAAAUUUGUACAUGCAAAGCAAUUUUAUGUAACCUCACAUCAUGAAUCAUGCUACCGCAUACACGUCAUAUGAUUUACCAGAUCUUCAAACCUAGGUAGCAUCAAGCUCUUAAUUAUAUUCUUGUUAAUUUUUUCCUAACGUGAUAUUUUUACUUCAUAUAAUCAUCUUGCUUCUUUUUUCUUGUAUAAAAAAAGUGCAAUCCAUAUGAGAAAACUAAUGUGUUUUGCAAUUUAACACUACGCCUUCUAGCUCUAUUAAUUUAUUUAUUUUAAUAAUUAAUGUACAUAUUGUAGGUAUUCUUAGAUCGUUAGAGCUUCUUAGUUGGCUCCGUUCGUUCCAUCAAUAUAGACCGAACUACCUAAAACUUUAUAUGGUUGCUAGUUAGCCUAGUUUGAAUAUGGAUAUAGGAUACUCCUAAUAAAUUUGUGGGAGAGAUUUACCUAAUAAAGGAUUAAAAUAAACUAAUUUUUUUUCCAAAAAUAAAAUCAACUUUAGUAAAAUACAUUAAAUAUUAUUUGUUAUUUGUGAUUGAACCAAAAUAUCCUCAUAGGGAUGGAGCACUGCUGCCCCAGGUUGUCCGACCACCGCCUGCCAUCGGAACCUUUCCAGAUUUUUUCUGCCGACCUGCCAAAUUGAAUUUCAAUAUUGUAGUUUAAUGAUUCAGUUCGUUUUUUACUAAAUGAUCAACAAGUUCAGUUUUCAAUGAAAUCGUAAAUAAACAUGAUUUAAUGGCUGGAUCAUAAUUAAGACCUUUAAGUCACUUGUAAAUAGCUCCUUCCUCAAUUUCACUAGAUCGAGAUUCCAAAUCCAUAUAUAAUGGGUACCUAAUGAUUCCUAAUAAUUUUUAUUCAAUAGAGUUCAUAAUAAUUUUCCUUGUUGGUAUUUGCAGGAGAUGAGUUCCAAGCCUAAUAAUAACAGUUCUCUUCAUAUUCAAGAAGAGCACAAGACAUUAAUGGACUUUUUUUCAACUGGUGCAGUUUUUCUCCCAAAGGAGAUAUUUUUAGAAAUUCUCACCAGGCUUCCUGCUAAACCUUUAGUGCGAUUCAAGUGUGUUUCCAAAUUCUUUUAUUCUCUUAUAGCUGAGCCCCUCUUUGUUAAAGUGCACCACGACCGAUCCUCGACCCGCCCCAAUGGAACUCAAAUCCUCUUAAAUCUUCCCUUGCCAGACCAAAACCACUUCUACACCCUAAAGGACACCGGAGAAGACAAGGGAAUGCUCCAAGCCAAUCAGGUCCAUUAUUUGGAGGGACAACAGUUUAAAAAUCUGAAUAUGUGGUCACAGGCUAAUGGCUUGAUUUGUUUAUGCAACAAUGAUGGAGACGUCUCUAUUUGCAACCCUAGUACAAGGUAUAUUAUAAGACUCCAUUUCAUUGGACUGAACUAAUCUAAUAUGGUUUUAUAUGGUUUAAGAAUGAUUUAAAAUUCUAAAUCAAUAUGAUCUUAUAAGAUUUAGUAUUAUGUGAAAUUUACUAUUGUCUAAAUUUUGUAUGUUCUAAUCUAUUUCAGUGUCAUAAUGCAUGUUAGAGUAUGGUCUAGUCUAGGAAUAAAAUAAGUCUAACGAACAAAGCCUAAAAUACCAUCAUGUCACAAAUAAUAUAUGUUCUGUAUUUAGGAUGUUUUCACUUUGAUUGAUUUCUGUUUCAUUUCAAAUCAGAUUUAAACAAACUCAGUUCAAACCAGAUCCAUUCAUAUCCAACGAGUGAAAACAUUCUUACUUAAAUGAUGUAGUACUACCUAUUACACAAACCUUUGUCCCAUCUUUAGUUUCUCGUUGAAUAAUGACACGAUAAUUUAGACAAUUAUAAAUUAUAAAUAAGGUAACUUGAGUGUAUUUUGAGAAGUAUUUUGGAUGUGUAUAUAAACAUAUAAUGAGGUCAUUGAUGAUAAUUAUGCUGCCAUAAGCGUAUUAUUUUUAAUAUUUGAUUAUUAAUUUGUCAUUUAAUUCCUAAAAAAAAUGUAAAGUUUUAGCUACAGACUCCAAAUACUAUUUUUUCUUUAUGGUAUUGUUGUUCUCAUUUUUACUAAAGUUGUGAUUCUCUUUUCUAUACUAUGAACUUAAUGUCAUUCUAAACAAGGCAACAUAUAUCCUUUCCAAGAGCUGCCACGAGCCCAAAAAGUCAAAUCUACACUUGUUCUAGCUUGGGAUUUGAUCCGGUUUCAGAAAAAUACAAGGUUUUGAAGUUGCAAAUCUGGAAUGAUUUAUUUAGUGGCUAUUUAAAGAGGCAACAUUGUGUGUUAACUCUCGGAGUGGAUAAAUCAUGGAGGGAGAUUAGUAAUGUUUUGGUUAGGUACCCCGAUGCGGGUGUUCACAUUGGCGGUAUUAUCUAUUUGAUUGUAAGAACAAUAAAUAAACAGCAAAUUGUCACUUUCAAUGUUGGAGACGAGAAUAUCGGGUCGGUACCUUUCCCGGGCAUUGAAGUAAAAAAAUAUCCCGUCCCAACGUCCUUGAGAUUGUCAUGGAUGGAAAUCGAUGGCCGGCUUGCCGUCGUUCAUAUGCAAAGUAACAGUUUCGCAGAACGAGUAAUGGAUAUUUGGACUUUGGAGAAAUCAAUGAAAUGGGAGAAGCAUAGCAUUUCCGUUCCAUGGGAAGAGAGUUUAAUAGUUAAAGAUGCUAUGGACAUUGUCUCCACAUGUACCAAUUUAGGCGAGAUAGUGUUGUUCAUUCAGGCAUGGGGGUGUCUAAGAGUUUUAAUUUAUUCAAUUAGAAAACAUUUAUGGAGAAAGUUGGAAGUAUGCGGACUUCAUGAUUAUUUAUAUGAUUAUCAUAGAAGAUCACACAAUGCGGUGGAUUUCAUUCAAGAGAAUUUGUAUUUCUUCUCACAGAAUGAUUGAUUACUUAGUUUUUUUUGUUUAAUAUUAUUGGUUUAUACAUAAGUUGUAGAGCACAAGUUAUAUAUAUAU